AUUUAGCGGGGUGAAUGCUGACUCCUUGUUUCUAGUGUUGGCGAGGGCCGAAGGAGCAGGCGGUGACUCACGAAUUUGCAAUUAGUUGAAUCAGUGACCUGUUCUCAGUUUUCUUCAGGCCCUCAGAUAUGGUGGUGUGUAAAUAUUUCACCCAAGGUUAUUGUCGUUAUGGAGAUAAAUGCCGAUUUGAUCAUCCAUUUAAAGGACCAGCCCAAGGGGCAUUCAGAGGCCAGCAGACCAGUUCCCAGCCAGCAGGUGUGGCUGUCACACCCACUACCUUUGUUGAGCUUCUGAAUGGGAUAGCAACUGAGAUGAAAGUAUGGGAGGGCUCAAAGCAGUGGCCACUCUCCUGCUUCUCACCCCUGAAGGGCCAGCCCUGCAUUCCAGGUCUCCUGGACCUCUCGCCCGAGGAGGUGCGCGCCGAGGCGUACAAAAGCAAAGUGGCCAACACACCGGACGUUUACCUGCAGUACUUCAACACUCAGAUAGCUGACUAUCGACAGAAGCGAGAGACGCUGAAGAAUCCGUCUCCCGAAAUCCGCAGUUACCUGCAGCAGAUGUUCAACGCAUCCGCGGCAGGCCCGGGCGGCGGCGGCACUGCUGGCACCAUGUUCGCCGCGUCCUCCUCCAAGCCGUCUGUAUUCGGCGGCGGCUCCGGCCAGUUUGGCGGCGCCCCGGCCGGCCAGUCCGUCUUCGGCGGCGGCGGGCAGCAGGCUUCGGCCGGCUUGUUCGGCGGACAGGCUCAGCCCACCUCCCCGUUCGGAGGUCAGCCGCAGGCCACGUCGUCGGUGUUUGGCGCCCAGCCGCAGGCCGCCUCCUCUGUGUUCGGUGGACAGCCGCAGGCGUCGUCUUCUGUGUUCGGUGCACAGUCCCAGGGUGCGCCUUCGGUGUUCGGCGCCCAACCUCAGGCUACAUCCUCCGUGUUCGGCGCUCAACCGCAGGCUGCACCAUCUGUGUUCGGCGCACAACCGGCCGCGUCGCCUUCUGUGUUCGGUGGGCAGCCUCAGGCCACCUCCUCCGUGUUCGGUGGACAGCCCCAGGCCACCUCCUCCGUGUUCGGUGGACAGGCUCAGCCCGCCUCGUCCGUGUUCGGUGGACAGCCUCAGGCCACCUCGUCCGUGUUCGGUGGACAGCCUCCGGCCACCUCGUCCGUGUUCGGUGGACAGCCUCAGGCCACCUCUUCCGUGUUCGGUGGACAGCCUCCGGCCACCCCCGUGUUCGGUGGACAGCCACAGCCCGCCUCGUCCGUUUUCGGUGGACAAGCCGCGCCUUCCACGCUCGGGGCCGCCACUCAGUCCGCCACGGGCGGCGGGCCGUCCGUGUUUGGCUCGGCCCCCGCCGCGCCGGUGUUCGGCUCGGGCGCGUCCCAGCCCCAAACCCCUGCGAUGCCGGGCGUCCCGGCCGGCGGCGGCGGCGGCGGCCAGGCCGAGGUCGAGCCGCAGGCCUACUCGGAGCCGGCCGAGUUGAGCGAGGCGGAACGGCUCGAGUUCGAGGCGGCCGAGUUCACGCUUGGCCGGGUGCCGAUCAGGCCGCCGACUCGCGACGUGUGCGCCCGCUGA